UUCCUUAAACGCUGAAAUGGCGUCGGUCAGGGUUAACUGUGAUCAGCCAGUGAAAUAUCCUUAAAAUUGACACGUAACAGAUUCGCCUACGGAGCAGGGUGAACCCUGUGGGGUAGCGGUCACAUAAAGAUGUAGAUGUUGUCACAUGAUCUGAAAUAAUUGAUCAGAAAAAGGAUACAUAAACAGGUAAAGUCCGGUGUCGGACAUUUCAUUUCUGUUGCCGAUUAGCAGCUGGGUUUACCAUAACAUUUUUUGUUAAUGAAUGCUGCUGAUACUACUUCGGACCCUGGCAGAGGUAUGGCUGUAGGGCAGAAACCAAGCAGUGCAGAGACAUAUGUUUUGGCUGGAUCUAAUGGACAUAAGGAGACAAGGUACCCAGUUUUGAAUGACACUGUGCCAAACAAAACUGCCAACCCCCGAAGCACAGGGAUGGCUAGAGUCGCAUCGGACAUGAGGUACAAGUGUGCUGCUUAUGUGUUGGCCCUGCGGCCGUGGAGUUUCAGCGCCUCACUCACACCGGUAGCGCUGGGCAGUGCCCUGGCUUACAAGCUGGAGGGUUCUGUGGACUUGGUUAUCCUGAUGGUGUGUGCUGUAGCAGUGCUGGUGGUGCAUGGGGCAGGGAACCUGGUUAACACCUACUAUGACUUCUCCAAAGGGAUUGACCACAAGAAAAGCGAUGAUAGGACUCUGGUGGAUGAGAUCCUGGCCCCGCAGGAUGUGGUCAUGUUUGGAGCACUGCUCUACUCUCUGGGCUGCUUGUGCGCCACACUGCUCUAUUUUCUUUCCACGUUGAGGAUGGAGCAUUUGGCCCUCAUCUAUUUUGGCGGGCUCUCCAGCUCUUUUCUUUAUACUGGAGGCAUUGGUCUUAAGUAUGUGGCCCUGGGGGAUGUGGUGAUCCUGAUCACCUUUGGCCCCCUGGCAGUCAUGUUUGCCCAUGCCGUACAGGUGGGCUACCUGUCGGUUCUGCCCCUGGUCUACGCCGUCCCCCUGGCCCUAAACACGGAGGCCAUCCUACACAGCAACAACACCAGAGACAUGGACUCUGACAAACAGGCAGGCAUUGUCACUCUAGCCAUCCUCAUUGGGCCCACGCUGUCCUACAUCCUCUUCAACCUCCUCUUGUUUGUUCCCUACAUGCUCUUCUGCAUCCUUGCCACCCGUUACACUAUCAGUAUGGCCCUGCCCCUCCUUACGCUCCCCAUGGCCUUUCCACUGGAAAGGCAGUUCCGCAGCCAGUGCUAUUCGAAGAUCCCCCAAAAGACAGCAAAGCUCAACCUCCUGAUGGGACUUUUCUAUGUCUUUGGGAUCAUUCUCGCGCCUCAAGGCAGCUUACCGCUAUUGUGAUCCAGUUGUAGCUCCGAAUCAUUUUAAUAUUUUUUUUGUUGAAAAAGUAUUUCAUUUUUUUCUCUUUAAGUGAAGGCUUUAAUUUAUUGUCUAAUUUGUUCAAGCAGAGAAAAAGACAGUUUAGUUACUCAACUGUAACAGUGACAGAUAAUCAGAACUGUUCCAGUAUUUUGCAUUUUCCAGUAUUUUGCGAGUUCUUUGAAUCGAUUGAAGUCUGAUAUGUGCUCAGGCUCCUUUUGUAUGAGAAUUCAGUACAACACAUUUUAACUCGCUAUGCCUCCACACUAAGAAAGACAUUGAAGGAGCAAUGUCCAUUGGGACCUAAGACUUGCUACUAGUGAUGCAUUUGUUUAACAUGUCAAUAAAUCAAAUCUAAACCCUUUUAAUGUCA